AUGCACACGAGCUUCGCUGGACCGUUAUGCUCAGAAGACUUAGAAGACGAGAUUGAGCGUAUUCGAGCUGAGCAUCAUGACUCCAGUCUGAAAACUGACGACGCUGGAGAUUAUGCGGCCUCCAUGCGACUUAGUGGUUGCAUGACACGAGAUCUCGUUGAGCGCUUCAUGUACAGCUCUACCGGAAUACUUGAGCGAUUGGAGCUGGACAACCUACUGCAAUGCGAAGAGCAUGAAUUUCCGUUUCCGAAGUUCAACGACGCUCAAACUUUGGAAACAUACUUUGAAAACCAUGGACCGGACCACUGCACCAUCUCGGAAACCCAACGUAUGGCAGGCGCACUUGAACCUUUCAUCGGAAUGUUUGCCACCCUUACGUCUUUGUGUAUUGCCACAGUGGGCGAGGCCCAACUCGACUGUCCUUAUGAAGAACGAGAUGAACAACGGUUCAUAGAAUGGGCGCGAAUGAUAAGCUCGGUACGCAAUAACCUGCGCUCUUUGUCAUUCAAACAGGGACGCAAUCGAAACGUCGAUGAGUGUCCCAGAGGCUUUCGUCUGGGGAAAAUAUAUGAAGAAUAUCGACCAAUGGAUCAACUGUUCCGCCGUACAAUCAUGCCUGUUCUCCUCGCGGGUCCAUGGCCACGUAUCAAGCGGAUGGAGAUCCGUGGUUUGGGCGAACUGUGGGGAGCUGGUGCUCAAGCAUCAUGCCGGAACAGACUGAUCCGGUUGUACCAGGUAUCUGCUCUAGAUGUUCCCAGGAUUUUGGUACAUAAGUAG